GUAGCUGUUGUAAGGAGGAGGGAGAGAGAGCUCGGUGUGUUCAAACUCAAUCCUGUGCCUGCAUUCCUCCUCUCAUCAAAGCCUGCCUGAAAAAGAGGAGGAGGAGGAGGAGGGAAUCAUAAAUUAUAACAUGGUCAGAUAGAAGCGGUGUCGAAGAGCGAUCCAUGGACGGACAAUCUCAGAAGUUCAGCGCGACAGAUCGGAGGACAUGAAGAAAACGCUCUCUCUCACAGCCCCCCUUUGAUGGCCUGUGGGCAGAAAAACGAGAAGAAGCUUCGUUUGGCCGCGGACGUUUUCUUUUUUCUCUUUUAAAGAGGAACGCAAGAUGGCAGAUGACAGGAGCGAAUAACAAGGACAGGACGGCGCCGUUCCCUUUAAAAUGUGAAGGAUUUCCCACAUAUUUAGGAUGCGUUUCGGAAUUGGACGCAUCGCGGUGCAGUUAGUGCCCUGACUUCACAUCUGUUUUAGUUUUUUUUCGCUGGAUAUAAAUAAAAGUAUACACACGGUGUCGUCUCCUCACAGUAGGAGUGUGAUAUCAAAGUAGGUUAUAGCACUAGCUGGUUAGCUCGGUAUGCCAGAUCAGUCCGUUUGGUCUAGCAUAACAUUAGCUUACAGUUUGCUUUGGUGAAGCUUUUGUGGGCCGAAUAUAAAGAAAAGUGAAGAGACCUGCUGGUUAGUCCUGUUUUGUUUUUUAUUCUUUAUCAGAUGCUGAUAACGAAUUAAAUCCGUGUGGGGGUUUAUUUCAUUUCUUUGUUGUAACGAUGGGAAACGUAACUCGUGUGUUCGCGAUCCUCGCACGAGCUCUAACGUUCUUCAGCGAGGCAGUGAAUAGUUUAGCAUAAGCUAGCCUGCUGCUCGACCUGCUUCCUUGCGUUGGUAUUUUCAGUAAAAUGAAAGUAACUCGAGGCACAGAUUUCACUGGUAACAGCGACACUGUCACCGUCUCAGUAAUGGGAGCGACGAAGGGCAGCUCUGUCUGAUAUUCGCGAGUUGUGUCAGACUGUGUUUUUAUGGAUUAGCCUCCUGUUUGUGAACGGAAACCAGAUCAUUCGGAUAAGCGGAUUCUUUCGGUAAACGAUCAGCAGUUAACGCGGUCGGAGUUAAAUCGCAGUGUUAACAUUACUCGGAAAAAGAGACGUGUCUUCUCCGAGGAGGGGACGAGCUGACAGACAGGGCACGUUCAGGUUCAGGUUCAGACUGGUCUGGUUCUCAGAUUAGUUUUCUAGCCGUCGUGUACAACUUUGGUAGCAGCCAUACUGUUGGAUAGCAUGAGCAAACAGAGACUGGUUAUGCGUUGUAAACAUUAAGAAGGACCUAUUAUUAUAAGCCCAUUUGGCAGUAAGAGGCUGCUCUGACGCCCGUGGCACACAGGGAUUGAUAAGUAUUGGGUGAUAUGUGUCCUCAAGUCUGCUGUACAGCCGCUGCAGCCCGGUCUUCCUCCAGCAUAGCAAACUUUACAGCCUGCGUGAGGCUGUGAGAGCAGCAGGCCGUGUGUGUGUGUGAGGGGGAGAGAGACUUCCCGUUGUACUUCUCAUUCAGUGGGCGAGGGAGGAGCUGGAUUUCACUGAUCUCACUGCAUGGGUUCAGAGGAAUCGUGGGUUCUCGUCUGAGCACUUCACAAAAGUCCCUAGCCUAUAGUUUCACAUGAGCACUUGAACGGAGCUGUAGAGGGCUUGGGGGAAGGAAACUCGCAAAGCAAGAAGCCGAAAUGGCAGACAACUGGAAGAACUGUCUGGAGGAAGAGCUCAUAUGUCCCAUUUGUCUGCAUGUGUUCUCCGAGCCUGUACAGCUGCCGUGCAAACACAACUUCUGCCGCGUGUGUAUAAACGAGGCCUGGGCUAAGGAUGGGGGGAUGGUCCGGUGCCCGGAGUGCAACCACGCUUACAGCCAGAAACCCAGCCUGGAGAAGAACCACAAGCUGUCUAACAUAGUGGAGAAGUUCAACGCGCUGAACGUGGAGAAGGCCCCGGCGGUGCUGCAGUGCGUGCUGUGCCGCCGCGGUCCUGCCCUGCCUGCCCAGAAGGUGUGCCUCAGGUGCAAGGCGCCCUGCUGCCAGUCUCACGUCCAGACCCACCUCCAGCAGCCCUCCUCCAACGGUGGCCACCUGCUGGUGGACGCCGGGGACGUGCGGGCCUGGAGCUGCCCGCAGCACGACGACUACAGGCUGUACCACUGCGACACCGAGCAGGUGGCCGUGUGCCAGUACUGCUGUUUCUCCAGGUGCGCGGCCAGACACGGGCAUGCGUUCUGCGACGUGGAGGUGCGCCGCAGUGAAAUCAGGCAAACGUUGAUGGAGCAGCAAGACCGGAUUGAGGAUCGAGUUCAGGACAUAGAAGAACAGCUCUACAAACUAGAGUCAGACAAGUGUCUUGUAGAGGACAAAGUGCAGCGUCUGAAAGAAGAGGUGCAACUGCAGUAUCAGAAAAUGCAGCAGCUCUUGGAAGAGGACCUGGGGAAGACCCUGGAGGUGCUGGACCAGGCCCACUCCAAAUUCUGUCAGGAAAACUCCUCGCAGGCUUUGCAGCUCAACCAGAAAAGGCAGGAGGCCAAGAAACUACUCAGCUCCAUACAGAUGGUCUUCGAUAAGGCAGAGGAUAUCAAAUUCAUGAGGAAUACAAAAUCUGUGAAAAUACUAAUGGACAGGUCUCAGUCAUGUGUUGGCAGUGCCCUACAGCCUUACAAAGUGGGCAGCCUCAAUUCUAAGCUGUUUCUCUCAGAAGUCUCAAAGAGAGAGAAGAACCUCUGCAAAAUGCUUGAAGCUCCUUUUAGUGCCCCAGCAAACUUUUUCCAGACAAUUCCAGCGUAUCUGUGUACGGAGAAACGCAGACACUCCAUGGCUUUCCCUGAUGGUGGAGGGAGCAGCAGGGCCAGCUCUAGCUUCAUCGAGUCCGCCUCCUCUUCAGGCCUUGCUGCUAAGCAACCAUGCCUGGGUCUGGCUCCGGGCACUGCCCCGGGCGAGGGUCAGUCCUCACAGCAGGCUCUGGGGGCUUGCACCUCAUCCCAGCAUGUGGGAAGCAGCAGCGCUGCCACCGGAUCUCAGUCCAUACACCAUUCCAGCUCUGUGUUUCCUCACUCUCAUUAUCCCAACAGCAGCAGCUCUCAGCUGCCCCAGUACGGAGGACGGAAGAUUCUAAUGUGUACGGUAGAUAACUGUUACUGCUCAGGGGUGCCUUCAGUAUCUAACCACAGGGGGCAUCCGCCUUACCCUCGAUCGGGCUCCUUUCCUUGGCCAGUAAGCUCACAGGAAUACUCCCACCCACCUCUCCCAUCUACUCCCGCUAUGUCCCAACCCCUCCACUGGAUCGAUGCCUCACAGUCGCACAGGCACCCUGACUUCUACGGCCUCUAUGGUCAGUCUUCUACCAAACAUUACGUCACUAGUUAACCCCUGCUCUAGUGACUGCUUUCAGUCACAAGAUGGGUUCUGUGUUGUUUUCUUUUUUUCUCUCGAUUGGGGAAUGUCUUAAAGUGAGUGAGUGAGAAAUUUUUGUAUAUAUAUCGGAUCAAUCAUUUAAUGUUACUUAGGUAAAACUAUCAUUCUUAAAGCAGUGAAAAAGAAAUAAUGUUACAAAUUGAAGCAUAACUUUGCACAUUAUCUAGGAGCUAAUGAUGUUCCAUCCACUUACAUUACUAUUUACCACAACAGAAACAUGCUGAACAUUUGCAGAACUGACAGAGACAAAGAACAAAAUGGUCAUUGGUUACUCAUCAGGGUCAUUGCACUUUCUUACUUAAUUCCAAAUCAUCUUUUUUUUUAAAAAAGUGUUUUGUUGUAGCAGUCAGCUCUUAAUGAAAAUUCUGUCAAGAAAAAUACCAUUCUUACUAUACAAAUAAUAAUAGCCCGUUAUUUUAUUUGACUACUUCACAUGCAUAGGCUGUUCAUUCACUGGGAGGAUCCUUGUUAAAACAGCAUAUUAUUCAUCAUAUGUAUUUCUGCUUCCAUUGGCAGAAGUUGGACUGCCCUCUGUUUCAUUUUCCUCCCAUGAGAGAAAGCUCUACUUAUUUGUUAUGGGUGAAAAACAGCAAUUUGGGUAAAUUGUGUUAGUAAAUAGGUUAUUUUGUAGUUUUUGAUGAACAAUGAAAGGAAAUUUUAAUGAUGCAAUAUUAUUUUCCUUACUCGCUUUGUUCAUUUGUGUGUACUUCCUUAUUGAGAGUUGACUCUCAGUGGAAUGCCCUCCUUGGUGCAGCUGUGAAUUCCAGGCCUUGACCAGCUGUCCAGCAUGGUUCCACCCUGACAGCUCUGCCUCAUACCCUGCUAAACCACACAAAGUGCUUCUUUAACCCUUUAGGUGAAACCUGGAAUGUACUUGGUUUCACAUUUUAGUGUUAUCCAUAUCAUUAUUUGUUAUUUUAGACCAAAUUGUUGUUUUAAACUUAAUAUUUUGGAUCUUGUGGUUAGAAUGCAAAGUGCAUUCUAAAGGUGGAACUCCUCCUGUUACAUUCCUCACUGUUUAUGGCACCAAACAAGCAAGUAUCUGGCUUCUUGUUUGUUAUUGAUUGCAUGUGAGAACGAGUUUCUGAGCACUUGUAGAAAAAUAAUGAAACUGCAAGACAUAGAAAACAAAACAGGGAAUGAAGUUUUAAAUGAACAUCUUCAGUAACGGCAAGCACUGACUAAGAGAUGACUCUAGAAGUGAGAAACUGAUUAUAAGAUGCAUUUUUGUAAAUAUUUUGUGAAACUAAAACAGAAGACUUGUAAUUUGGAAAGCGCUUUGUUCCAAAUAAAUGAUUUCAAACACUGAA